UGUCUGUGUGCCUGCCUGAACGUGUGUGUGUUUGUGUAUGUAUGUAUGUGUAGUCCUGUGGCCAGAGAAGUUGUGCAUGUGUGUGUUUGUUUCUGGGUGUGUCUCAGUGUUUACCCCAGAAACAGAUAGGAACUUCGCCAAGACUGCGCAGCAGAUUCGUUUUCAAACCUGUGCCUUGGGAAUCUGCAGUUAGUAGCUCUGACUGGUGCCAGCUCCCACCAGGGUCUGAGGAGUGGUACUCUGUGAGUGAGGAGGGGGCAAAGACUGUCUUCAGUCCCUGGUGCUCCUUCUCGAGUCUUUCAGAAUUCUGAGCUGUGGGGUCCCUUCCCCCACCCCCUCCCAUCAGUGGUCACGGGACCUCUAAGGCAUUCCCGCCUCAGAAGGGAGGGGGGCCCAGGAGUUACAGAAGGCUUCAGGCUCCCCAGUUGCUUUUCUGGGUCCUCCACUGGAGGGAGCGCAGAGCCCAGAGGGACUUGCUUUUCCCGAGGCCCGGGUCCCUUGUGAGCCCAAACCCUAGCCCCCGCGAAAGUUUGAGUAUAGGAGCGAGGCAGUUUGGGGUGGCAUGUUUCUGCUUGAUGUUGUGACUUCCUGGGAGAAAAAAAAUCGAUCGCCUCCAGGGGGACAGACAAAGUGAGUAGGGGGCAGGGGCAGCCUCCCCUCCUGCCUGGCCAUAGGCCCCCCGAGGCACAGCCUUGAUUUUCCGCUGCGCUCCCCGACUGGGCACUGGAGGCACACACAUUCACCCCACUUUCUUCCUCUUCCUCCUCCAGCCCACUUUCUCUUCUCUGUGUCGUCAGAGCUCCAGGGAGGGACCUGGGUAGACAGAGAAGCCGGAAACAGCCAGCGGGCUGGGGCAGCUACUGCUUACACUGAAGAGAAAGGACGGGAGAGGGUUUGUGUGUGUGUGUGUGUGUCUGUGUGUGUGUCUUUUUGGUGGUAGUGGUGGAGGGGGGGUGCUGGCAGGUCCGACCCUCAACUUGCUGGACAGAACUACAGACACAUGGGGCCUGGCAGUGCCCGCUGAGAGAGGGAGAAGACAGCAGAGGGGUUGCCAAGGCACCCUCCAAGCCCCAGAUCAUGUCUUUGUGGGGUCUGGUCUCCAAGAUGCUCCCAGAAAAACUGCAGCGGCUCUACGUCGACUUUCCCCAACACCUGCGGCAUCUCCUGGGUGACUGGCUGGAGAACCAGCCCUGGGAGUUCCUGGUUGGCUCAGAUGCUUUCUGCUGCAACAUGGCCAGCGCCCUACUCUCGGCUACUGUCCAGCGCCUUCAGACCACUGCUGGAGAGCAGGGGGAGGGGAGCACCAUCUUGCAACACAUCAGCACCCUGGAGAGCAUAUACCAGAGGGAUCCCCUGAAGCUGGUGGCCACUUUCAGACAAAUACUUCAGGGGGAGAAAAAAGCUGUUAUGGAACAGUUCCACCACCUGCCAAUGUCUUUCCACUGGAAGCAGGAAGAACUUAAGUUUAACACAGCUCUGCAGAGGCUGCAGCAUCAAGUAGGGAAGAUCCGCCUUCUCCAAGAAGCCCUGAAGCAGGGGCCUGAGGCUGGCCAAGUCUCAGUGUCUCUGCACACCUUGAUAGAAACUCCUGCCAAUGGGACUGGGUCAAGGGAGGCCCUGCCCACGUUGCUGCAGGAGUCUGUGGGGGAGCUGGAGGUGGUCCAGACCCUGGUGCUGAAAAGGAUCCAGAUUUGGAAACGGCAGCAGCAGCUGGCAGGGAAUGGCGCACCCUUUGAGGAGAGCCUGGCCCCGCUACAGGAGAGGUGUGAGAGCCUGGUGGACAUUUAUUUCCAGCUGCAGCAGGAGGUGGGGGCAGCUGGUGGGGAGCUUGAACCCAAGAUCCGGGCAUCGCUGGUCAGUCGGCUAGAUGAAGUCCUGCGAACCCUCGUCACCAGCUCUUUCCUGGUGGAGAAGCAGCCCCCCCAGGUUUUGAAGACUCAGACGAAGUUCCAGGCUGGGGUUCGGUUUCUGCUGGGCCUGCGGUUCCUGGGGGCCCCAGCCAAGCCCCCGCUGGUCAGGGCUGACAUGGUGACUGAGAAGCAGGCGAGGGAGCUGAGUAUGCCCCAAGGGCCCGGCACAGGAGCAGAAAGCAGCGGGGAGAUCAUCAACAACACAGUGCCCCUGGAGAACAGCAUUCCGGGUAGUUGCUGCUCCGCCCUGUUCAAGAACCUGCUUUUGAAGAAAAUCAAGCGGUGUGAGCGGAAGGGCACGGAGUCUGUCACCGAGGAGAAGUGUGCUGUGCUUUUCUCCACCAGCUUCACACUUGGCCCCAACAAACUUCCCAUCCAGCUCCAGGCCUUGUCUCUGCCCCUGGUGGUCAUCGUCCAUGGCAACCAAGACAACAAUGCCAAAGCCACCAUCCUGUGGGACAAUGCCUUCUCAGAAAUGGAGCGUGUGCCCUUUGUGGUGGCUGAGCGAGUGCCCUGGGAGAAAAUGUGUGAAACUCUGAACCUCAAGUUCAUGGCAGAGGUGGGGACCAACCGGGGCCUGCUCCCAGAGCACUUCCUCUUCUUGGCUCAGAAGAUCUUCAAUGACAACAGCCUCAGCAUGGAGGCCUUCCAGCACCGUUCUGUGUCCUGGUCACAGUUCAACAAGGAGAUCCUGCUGGGUCGUGGCUUCACCUUUUGGCAGUGGUUUGAUGGUGUCCUAGACCUCACCAAACGCUGUCUCCGGAGCUACUGGUCAGAUAGGCUGAUCAUCGGCUUCAUCAGCAAACAGUAUGUCACUAGCCUUCUUCUCAACGAGCCUGAUGGGACCUUCCUCCUCCGCUUCAGUGAUUCCGAGAUUGGGGGCAUCACCAUUGCCCACGUCAUCCGGGGCCAGGAUGGCUCCCCACAGAUAGAGAACAUCCAGCCGUUCUCGGCCAAGGACCUGUCCAUCCGCUCACUAGGGGACCGAAUCCGGGACCUUGCUCAGCUCAAAAACCUCUACCCCAAGAAACCCAAGGAUGAGGCUUUCCGAAGCCACUAUAAGCCUGAACAGAUGGGCAAGGAUGGCAGGGGUUAUGUCCCAGCAACCAUCAAGAUGACUGUGGAAAGGGACCAGCCGCUUCCCACCCCAGAGCCCCAAAUGCCUGCCAUGGUGCCCACUUACGAUCAUGGAAUGACCUCUGAUUCCUCCAUGAACAUGCAGCUUGGCUCAGAUAUGGUGCCCCAGGUGUACCCACCACACUCUCACUCUAUCCCCUCGUAUCAAGCCCUCUCUCCAGAAGAACCGGUCAAUGUGUUGCCAGCCUUCCAGGAACCUCACCUGCAGAUGCCCCCCAGCCUGAACCAGAUACACCUGUCCUAUGACCAACCUCACCCCCACAGGGGCCUGUUGCCAUGUCAGCCUCGGGAACAUGCUGUGCCCACCCCUGAGCCCCUGCUCUGCUCAGAUGUGCCCAUGGCGGAAGAGGGAUGCCUGAGCCCGCAGGUGGGAGGGUUCCCUCAGGGAACCUGGGUCGGUGAAGACUUGUUCCCUCCCCUGCUGCCUCCUACUGAACAGGAUCUCACCAAGCUACUCCUUGAGGGGCAAGGGGAGCCAGGGGGAGGGCCUCUGGGAGUCCAGCCCCUCAUGCAGCCCUCCACCUAUGGGCAGUCUGGGAUCCCCCUGUCUCACCUGGACCUAAGGGCCAAUCCCAGUUGGUAAUCCCAGCUGGAGGGAGGGCCCAGAGACAGCUCUCACACUCCCAGGGAUCUGCUAUAGACACCUGCCCAUGCUCCUGCCAAGCAGCAGAAGGGAGGGUGCCCUCUUCACCCCCUACCUAGUCCCUGGUCAGAAAAAAAGACUACCAAAAGAAUGCAUUGUAAGUGGAACCGAUCCACUCCUUCCCUCCCACUCCUACACACACCCCUGCCCGCCCCCUUCCAGCACAGGAAGGGAAGUCAGGCUCCAAAGUGAGACAUGCCUCAACACGCCUGCAUAUGCAGCACACACAGUGCACACACACAGUUCUCUGUGCAAUCUGGGGUUGAGCCAGAGGGCGACAGAACAAGAGCACAAGUUAGGGUAUGGAGUUCUCUGCCCACUCGGAGCCAGGGCCCAGGAUGCACAUGUAGGAACACACAGUCACCUGCAUACAUUCGCACUAGAGGUCAAGGAUGGAGUGGAGGGGUUGGGGUGCCAGUCUCCAGGGAAAGGGGGGGGCAGUUCAGAGGUCCCUGGGUGGGAGAAGGAGGGGAUCUGUACAUUGGGUUACUGAUGUGGGUUUUGCCCAGAUUAAAAAACAAACAAAAUCCCCAACACUGCAAUUCCUAACAGACAGAUGGAAGCUUUUCCUGUGUGUAUGAGCUCACCCAGAAGUACAAGGGCUGAGUUUUGUCAUGUGUCGCUGUGUGGAAAAAUAUGUACCUGAGACAUGUUAAUGUACAGAUGUUACACCUAAGAA